AUGGAGAAUUUGACGAAACCAGCUUCGACGAUUCCGAAACGAACCUCUGUGAAAUCCCAAUCUGAGUUCGAUUACUCUAUAAGGAAACAAAAGUUUAGAGAGAAUUGUUUCAGAAGAGUUAGAGAAGAUAGGAAUCGUUUGCUAUGGAAGCUGAGGCUUUCUGAUUGUCAAUCUUCAGAUCAAAAGGAGAUUAUCAAUUCUGCUUUUCAUGAUAUUGUGACUGAUGAGUUGAAAAAGUUUGAGGAUAGGAAUGAGAAUGUAACUAAGGAUUGUGAUGAUAUAUUAUGGGAAUAUGAGGAAGGUGUUAAAGGUGUUUAUGAAGGUGAUAGUGAAGAGAUAUUGUUGGAAAUGCAACAGAUUUUUUAUAAGGAUUUGUUAUCAGAGACUACUGUAAACGGAUCAUAUGUUAAGAUCGAAACAUGGGAAGACGAGGAAGAUGAUUACUUAGCCACUUUGGUUUCUCAGAAUAUGUGUUUAAACAGUGAGGAGGAGCAAAAACAGAUAUGGUGUCCGAUAUGCAAGAAAGGUGAGCUUAUGGAGAAUCACCGACACAUCUAUUGCAACAUAUGUAAAAUGCAGCUGAACAAAGGCGAAGAGGUUAAUCUGGACAUUCUGCAAGAACGGUUAGCAGAAGCUCACGCUGAACACCUCGAAAGAGGAUGCAGAUUGAAACCCGAGUUCAGUGUUCAGACUAACUAUAAUUUGAAGGCGUUGUACAUAACAUGUGAAGCUUGUAAUACCUUUGAGGUUGUUGUAUAAGUUCUUAACUUAAAAAGAUGGGGUACACAUAAUUUUUCCUGUAUAUAACUUAGGUACGGUGGAGCCUUGCAGAUGUACCUAAUUUGGCUUUAGAAACAUUCUUCUUAUUAACCAUACCAAAAUGAAAUUUUGAUGACA